AAUCUGAAGCCAACUUCCGUGUCGUCAUUUUCUGGGCGUUUCCAUGGUGACGUCAGCAGGUCGUUGUGAACUGACUGACACGUACGGUUUUAUUAACAAAAAAUAAAUAAAGAAGUCAGAGUCAAACAGCUCGGAGCAGUGGAGAGGCAAGGGAGACAUUAGCUGAACAAAAAUCUCUUCAGAUCUCACUUCCUGGUGCCACCAUGAAUGUGUUCGACCGCAACAUCAACUUUGAUGCUCUCUUCAAGUUCUCCCAAAUAUCUCACUCAACUCAGGUGCACUUGAAGAAUGUGUACUCCAGCCUGGCAGUUUGUAUGUUCGUGGCUGCAGCUGGCUCCUAUGUCCAUGUUGUUACACGCCUCUUUCAGGGCGGUGUUCUGUCUGUGCUCGGCUCCCUGGGGAUGAUGUUCUGGCUGGCCAUGACACCACACAACUCUGAGACAGAGAAGAAGAGACUGGCUAUCCUCGCAGGAUUUGCCUUCCUCACAGGUGUUGGCCUUGGCCCCACACUGGACUUUGUCAUCGCUGUGAAUCCGAGCAUCAUUGUGACGGCUUUCAUGGGAACCUCUGCGAUUUUCAUUUGCUUCACUCUCAGCGCCCUCUAUGCCAAGCGAAGGAGCUACCUGUUUCUUGGAGGCACACUGAUGUCUGGCCUUUCCCUUCUAUUCCUGAUGUCUGUGAUGAACAUGUUCUUUGGAUCUCUGAUGCUGUUUAAGGCACACAUGUACCUCGGGCUGUUCAUCAUGUGCGGCUUUGUACUGUUUGACACCCAGCUCAUCAUUGAGAAAGCAGAGAACGGCGACAAGGACUAUGUCUGGCACUGUGUGGACCUGUUCCUCGAUUUCAUCACCAUCUUCAGGAAACUGAUGGUCAUCCUUGCCUUGAACGAUAAGGAGAAGAAGAAGGAAAAGAAGUAAAGAACGUUUGAGAAGCUGGAAAACAACAAUCUGUCAGAAAAGGCACAAUUUGCAGCGCACUUGGUGCUUUUUACUUUCUGUCUUCAUUUCUUGAAUUAACUCCUAUGUGGUCUUAUAUUAUUGAAAUUCCUUUGAUUUAUUUUUCAAACUUACAACCAGGGUUGAAUGUAAGUUUAUGGUACACUAACGCUAGUCCAAUCUUGGCUGUGAAUGGAAAAUAGACUAAAGCUGCAGUGAUCAGUCUUGGCCUGUAGAUGGAAGCGUUGCUUUAUGAAGGCUUAGCAGGUGAGCAGCACUUAAUGACGAUUUUUAUAUUACUGUUAUUUAGUGCCAUGAAUUAAUUACAUAAUAGGCUCCUUUUAGUGGGUCGUGAGCUUCUGAGAAUGAUCGUUGUUUCAUUUGAAGUUAUGUAAAAUUUUUCGUUGAUUUGCUUAUUUAUAGGUUUCCUCUGUACUCUUCUUUAGUGGAGUGUCACAAGAUUUGAUGUCCCAUGAUUCUGACAACAGUUCCCUCUUUCGAAAAUUUCCUACUUAAUUGUUUGGGUUUUUUUUUUUUUUUUUUUUGACAAAUUUUGUUUUGUGAAAAAUUUGAGUAAGAAUGAUGAAACCUGGUAAUGCUGACAAACUAUGACAGCCUGUCAGACUCAUGAUUUACAGUAACUCCUUCAAAUGGACUCUCAGCCACUUGGUGGUCUGGAUUUUGGAUUUUGGCUGGUGGAGGAAUCGGUGCCAUCUGUCCAUAUUUUCAACUUGAAGCAAAAAUGGGCAAGUUCACACCACUCCUUGUAAAUUUCUCCAAAUAUCUGUUGUCUAGAAAUUAGUUUGCCAAAUGAUGUGACGUUAACCUUACAAUUUGACAUUGGUAUGUUUUUUUUUUUGUUUUUUUUGAAAGUGUAUACUGUGAAGAAUUUAUUUUAUUGAUGUAAAAUUGAAACUAAUAAUUUGAUACAUUUGCUCAAAUAAAUGUGUUGAACGUA